UGUGCUUGUCCUCAAUUUGUAAUUAAGAAACGAAUAACAAGGAAUUCAUAGCCGGCCCAGAGAUAGCCAGCUAUGCACGAGGUUGCUGUCGAAGCUUCAUCAGGCAGCAGCAGAUGACGAAACAUACGACGCGCGGCACAUGGCGGCAAAGGAAGAACGACGCAGGAUACGGGCAACAGGAUAUUAAAGCAGUAGCAGAAAGCAGCCACACAGACAGACAAACUUUGUAUACUAAAGAAGAAUUCAAAGAAUAAAAAAAAGGAAAACUAACAGAGCCCACCAGGACGAACGACGACAUGGCGGCAUCCAUUGCGACGACAACAGCGGGUGCUGGUGCUGUUGCUGGAUCUGGAGGAGGGGCAGGUGGUAAUGGCGCUGCUACCCGGGAGUUUGUCGAGGGCUGGACACUAGCGCAGACUCUAGGCGAAGGUGCCUAUGGCGAAGUUAAAUUGCUCAUCAAUCGCCAAACUGGCGAGGCUGUGGCCAUGAAAAUGGUUGAUCUUAAAAAACAUCCGGAUGCUGUGAUCUCGGUGCGCAAAGAAGUUUGCAUACAGAAAAUGCUACAGGAUACUCAUAUUCUGCGAUUCUUUGGCAAACGUUCUCAGGGACAUGUGGAGUAUAUAUUUUUGGAAUAUGCUGCUGGUGGAGAACUUUUCGAUCGAAUUGAGCCUGAUAUUGGCAUGCCACAGCAUGAGGCACAACGCUACUUCACGCAAUUAUUAUCUGGACUGAGCUAUCUACAUCAGCGUGGCAUUGCACACCGUGAUUUGAAACCGGAGAAUCUUCUACUUGAUGAGCAUGAUAAUGUGAAAAUCUCGGAUUUCGGCAUGGCCACCAUGUUUAGAUGUAAGGGCAAGGAGCGACUGCUGGACAAACGAUGUGGCACUUUACCUUAUGUGGCUCCCGAGGUGCUAUUAAAACCGUAUCACGCCCAGCCGGCGGAUAUUUGGUCUUGUGGCGUUAUCUUGGUCACUAUGUUGGCGGGUGAAUUGCCCUGGGAUCAGCCUUCAUCCACGUGCCCAGAGUUCAUCACAUGGAAGGAUAAUGAUCGUUGGCAAACACAGACGCCAUGGAGCAAACUGGACACAUUGGCCAUUUCCUUGUUGCGGAAAGUCUUGGCCAGCACUCCAGGCAGUCGUUUGAGUCUGGAGAAGAUCCUCGAUCACAAAUGGUGUAAUAUGCAGUUUGCCGAACACGAUCGUUCCUUUGACUUGGUGGAUUCGGCAGCUGCUUUGGAGAUAUGCUCGCCCAAUGCCAAACGACCGCGUUUGCAGUCCAGCGCCCAUUUGAGCAACAAUCUGGAUGAUUCCAUAUCGCGUAACUAUUGUUCUCAGCCCAUGCCGACAAUGCGCAGCGAUGAUGAUGACUUUGCUGGCAAGCGAAAGGGUGGCGAUCGUCAGGCUCUGGUCCAGAAUGAGGCCCGUCUCAUUUAUGGCAAUUGCUUCUCACAGCCUGCCAUGUUGGACAAUUUGCUGCUGGCCACUCAGAUGAAUCAGACGCAGAGUGCUUCGCAGAAUUAUUUCCAGCGUUUGGUUCGUCGCAUGACCAGAUUCUUUGUGACAACACGUUGGGAUGAUACGAUCAAGCGUCUAGUGGGCACCAUAGAACGUCUGGGUGGCUAUACCUGCAAAGUUAAUGAAGAGGGCGUGGUAACUGUAUCGACAAUUGAUAGGCGUAAGUUGCGUCUGGUCUUCAAGGCUCACAUCAUUGAGAUGGAUGGUAAAAUCCUUGUCGAUUUUCGCCUAUCAAAAGGCUGUGGCCUGGAGUUUAAGCGUCGCUUUAUUAAGAUUAAGCAUGCCCUGGAGGAUAUUGUGAUGAAGGGGCCGACCACAUGGCCAAUCGCAAUUGCAACCAAUUCGGUGCCUUAGCCAAUUAAGAGUUAAAACCGUUUACGUUUACUUAGUGUCUGCAUCAUGAAUCAACAUCCCCGAUAAGUUAUAGCUUUUCCCAUUGUGCUAAAUUAUUAUGAAUGAAACAUGUUUCUUUUAAUUUAACUAAUAUCAUCACCACCUCAUUGCCGAAUGGAUCGGCUGUUAGUUUUAAGUAAUUUGAUUUUAAUGUUGUUGAAUAUUUCAAAAACAAAAUAUAUAAGUAUUUUAAAAUGUAGCUAGUGAAACGUUAUAAAACAAUAAAUCUGUUUGUAGAUUUUGAGUUAAA